AUGUCUUUCAAGAGGGCGCAAACAGCAACUUGCAAUGUUCGAACGCCUUCAAAGCAACCUGAAGUCAUUACGAUUCCGGAUAGUGAUGGAGAAGAUUCGCAGGACCUAUUCGACACAAUGUCCGAUGACGUUGUGCUUAUAGAUUCAGAUGAUCUGUUUUCCACUUCGGGCAGUGAAGCCGGUAGUCCUAGUAAAAAGCAUUCGCAGAGUUCAAAGCGGCUCAGUAGGUCACAGGUGAUGCAAUAUGGCAGUCCACUACUGAGGCGAUACCCAACCAAAAAAGCGAAGCGUUCAUCAUCAGUGAUCAUUUCUCCGUGGAAAAGCCCAUCACCGAGAGUGACCUGGCGGAAAAGUAUCAGUGGUGAGCAAGUCGGAAAAGAAGAUCCAGUCCAAAUCACAAUAGAUGAUGAGAUUCCCCUUAAGAAGAUAAAGAAAGAAGAGAAACCUGUGCAGAAGCAAAAAUCUGAUCCAUGGGCGAGUGCUCGCAUGAAAGAAAUAACGCGGAAGUUUGAAACACGCGAUAAAAUUAUGACCGAACUUGUGAAAAAUGACAAGGAUUUCCUCAGCAUCGUUCAAGGUGGCGCUCUGGAACGUGUUCAGUUGUCUUCUAUUAAGAAGAAAGCUAAAGAGAAACUCGUCGAAGGAAAUGUUGUGCGUAAGCAAGCAGAUCGUGCCAAGAUGCGUGGUGUUGUACAUCCUUCUUCUGAAGCAUAUUUUGAUGCUUUGGAAUUGAGUCCUGCGUCAAAAGAACGGCGAGUCAACGAGGUUAGCCGUGUCCGAGUUGUUGCGGAAAAGAUGCCCAGCACUCCUGAAAAUUACUGGGAGGUUGGAUUCCCUUCUGAAUCUGAACAACGCCGACGUGGCCUGAUCAAAGAAGUCCACAUUCCAAGGAAAUGUGUCAAGAAUCUUUUUCAAGAGUAG